CGCAUGAGAGUAGUAGGGCGGAGACUGCAUACUAGCACGAGUCAUGUAACUGUGUAAAGGGUCACCCGGUUACACGUGAGCAUGGGAGAUACUGAAGGAAAUUUAACAGGGAACAACAUCAACCUGAUGAACUGAGCUGGAAAAUGGCGACAUGUGAGGGAAGUGAAGCGCGUGCGGCGCUCGAGCGCUCAGUGCUCAACCGGGUUCCGCCGUUACUCACGGAUCUGUACCAGUUCACCAUGGCGUACGCGUACUGGCGCGCGGGCAGACACAACGAGCCGGCCGUGUUCGAACUUUUUUUCCGCGAUAACCCGUUCGGCGGAGGCUUUUCGCUCAUUGCGGGUCUCAGCGACUGUUUGCUGUUCCUGCAGAAUUUCGCUUUCUCAGAUGACGAUGUGGAGUAUCUGCGCUCCAUUCUCCCAGCAGGCACAGACGCUGCGUUCUUCUCGUAUCUGAAGGAGCUGGACUGUUCGUCGGUGUCUGUGUCGGCGGUACCUGAGGGAUCCGUGGUCUUCGCUCGAGUUCCUCUGCUGGAAGUGUCUGGACCGCUGGCUGUGGUUCAGCUGCUGGAGACCAGUCUGCUCUGCCUGGUCAACUACGCCAGUCUGGUGUGUAGCAACGCUGCUCGUUUCCGUUUGGCUGCAGGUCCCAGACGCAGAUUAAUGGAGAUGGGGCUCAGAAGAGCUCAGGGUCCCGACGGAGGCUUGACCGCCUCACGAUACACAUACAUUGGUGGUGUGUUUGUCAUUAUCUCCCCUACUUCAGUUCAGUUCUCUUUGCGUUUCAUUGUCGGGUCUCGUCUGCGUUAUAGCUAUUAUUGGAUUGCCUUUACCUCUCAUGCAAUCACUCAAAUCUAUUUUAUUCUGUGUUUCUCUGUCUGCAGCUUCUCCGUUCCUCAGUUUGAGUCUCUCAUCAUCGUCGGCACAAACAGUAUUUCUGAACAGAGUCUCGCUGAACUCAACAAGAAAGAUAAUGAGAUCGACGUGGUUGGAGUGGGGACUCAUCUGGUCACAUGCACGCGGCAGCCCUCUCUGGGGUGUGUAUAUAAGCUGAUAGAGGUCAGAGGUCGUCCCCGAAUGAAGAUGAGUGAAGAUCCAGAGAAAAGCACGCUGCCGGGACGCAAGUCUGUCUAUAGGCUUCUAGACGCAGAUGGUCAUCCGCAUAUGGAUCUGAUCUGUCUGUCAGAAGAACCGGCUCCUAAAGCGGGCGUCUCGCUGAACUGCUUCCCUCUAGGACUGAACAAGACGCUUCAGACGGUCACACCGGCUCAAGUAACCAGUCUGCGUUUGGAUGUCUUCACCUGUGGACAAAUCACAUUCCCCCUAAACAGUGCAUCAGAGAGUCGUGAGCGUGCACAGAUGUCUCUGCAAACGCUGCAUCCUCACCAUAAGAGACUACAAGAGCCGCACGAUUACACCGUGGCUUUAUCGGAGCGGCUGCACUCCCUGGUGUCUGAUAUCACAAAAGGAAACAGUAAAGGCAGCAACUUCCUGCUGUCGAACUAAAGCCAAGCCGAAACACAGCCCAGACCAAAGUCGGAAACAUUACAUCUAAAGGAAAAGGUGCCUUAAAAUCCCUGGUUCCCUUUAAAGUCCUAAUAACAGAUUGAGCAAUGCUGCUUGUUGUGGUCCAAUAGCAUGAACACAUUCUCUGAGCAAUUCUUUUGAAUAUGGUAUUGGUUCCUCUUAGAUUAACUAAUAAAAUAAGUGAUGAUGUAAUGAAAAUUAUAAUUUACUGUUAGUUUU